GGACCGCCAUGGCGUCCGUCCUGCGAAACAAGAGCCUCGUGUCCUUCAUGCUGCGCUUCCAGCACGGACUGCCGCAUGCGACGCAAAGCUUUCACGCGCUUGCCACCGACGUCGGUGUGCACCCUAUGCUGUGCGACGACCCGGAACUGCCCGCCGCCUUCUUGACCAACCUUCCCGCCUCGUCUCUCGCGACCGAGUACAUGCAGCGGUACCUUGCCGCUUCGCCAGAGUGCCAGGAUGCCAUCCCUAGCUCGUGGCUCUUCCUCGACGACCAACUGUCGGCGCUGCCGCUGCACCUCGCGAUCCUUGGCGGCCACGUAGCACACGUCCGGCACUACUUGGCCUUUGCGCCGCACUGGGUCACGCCCGGUGCGCUCACGCUCGCUGCCGCCUGCGGCCACCUCUCGUUGCUGCAGCUUUUGGCGACGCACCUUCCCAUACCGUCUGCAGCCAUGGACCUGGCUGCGACCAACGGUUUUCUCGACAUCGUACGAGACUGCCAUGCCGCCGGCGUGGUUGAGACGCAGCAAGCCAUCGACGGUGCAUCAGCCAACGGCCACGUCGACGUCGUCACGUUCUUGCACCAACAGUGCGGCGCCGUUUGCAGCCGUGACGCGCUCCUGGCUGCCAUUGCCCACGUGCAUGUGGACGUCGUGCUCUACCUCGUCACAUCGGCUCGCCUUGACAUCAGUACUACCAUCGAGCCUUGGAAUGAGCUGUGGGACGGGGCAGCGUAUCGGUCGGCGGCGCCGGGCGAUCCAUUGUCGAUGCUCCAGCUGCUUUGCGACCACGGCGUUGAGGACAUCUCGGAGAACUUGGUGACCGCAGCCAUUGAGCGCCACGGCCGCACUGCGCUCCAGUUCAUUUUGGACAAGACGAUGCUGGACAUGGCCACACCGAGUUUGCUGCACACGGUCAUUCGCCUCCGAGACAAGGACUGCAUUGCGCUCGUGCUACGCGCCGUCGCGGGCGCCAACGACCAAUCUCUGACUCACCCGAGUCUCUUGUGGACGAUGGAGGACGCGCCGCCGUCGACGCCAUGGCAGCCGACCGGUGAUUGGUCGCCGAUGCCGUGGCGCGACAGUGCGAUGGACGUGGCGGCUCGCGUCGGCGACCUGUCGACGUUGCAGCUGCUCCAGAAUCUGGGUCUCGACCUCUGCACGACGCGCGCCAUGGACAACGCGUGCGCUCACGGCCACUUGGAGAUUGCGCAAUGGCUACAGGCGCACCGCACAGAAGGUGGCACCGCAAACGCGCUGACACAGGCCGCGGCGAACGGUCAUGUGUCGGUUGUCCGCUGGCUCCUCGACCACCGGCCUCUUGUCGCUGGAAUGGACGAGGAAGCAUGUCGUAUUUCCGAUGCUUGCGUGGUCGCGGCCGCCCGGAACGGACACCUCCAAGUGCUGUUGCUGCUACACGCGGUUCCGUCGACGACAGCAGCCAUGGACGCCGCGGCGAGGGAGGGCCACUUGGACGUGGUGCAGUAUUUACAGCUGCACCGGACCGAAGGCUGCUCGGACGACGCGUUCUUCGAUGCGCUCAACGGCCAGCACGACGCUGUCUUUGCGUUUGUGGUCAAAACGUACGGCCACGUCGUCGAGGAUCGCGACCGCCUCUACGUGCGCAUGGCAAACCUCGGGCGCAUCGACCUUCUCGAGCUUGUUUUGGCGCAUGUGCCCCAUGCAACGAGCAAGGUUCUCCAAGAGAUGAUGCUGCUCCAUGCUGCGGCAGCAGGCAACGUAGCCCUGCUGCAGUGGCUCCACGAAACCAAGCAGUUUGCGUGGACGUCCCAUGUGCUUGACACGGCGCGCGACCGCAAGCAGCGCAAGGUCGUCGCGUACUUGACGACGUCGGCGGGCCCGGAAGCCAUCUCGGCUCUGUCCGACGACCAAGCGCAGUUUGCUUUGCACGUAGAUUUGUAAGAAAGACUAUGUAUCAACUUGAAACAUUUGGAAA